UUCACAGUAGAAACUGUUUCUUCUGUUCACUUUUACAGCUGCACGUUCUAGUGAAAGGAAAUGUGAAUCCUUUUCGCGAAUCGAUUCCUUUGAACAGUUCAUUUCUUUGCAAGUUAUCAGUUCAAAAACCGCCAUAAUGUGGCGAAUAAAGAAAUCUGUUGUCACAUAUUGCUCUUUAGUGCUCUUUGUUUUUUUUUAUAUCUUUAGUUAGUUAGUUUUUUUUUUUGAACCGGUUCAACCCAUGCAUUGAGAAGAUCCGAUUCCAAUGAAUGAUUCAGUCAUCGCUAUCAGGUUCAACGGAAGGUACCGGUGUAGCGGUUUUGGCAUCCCCGGCGCGCGUGAAGAUGGCAUCCCGUAAAGAAACCCCGUCUGGAAAAACCCCGGAUUCUCCCGUCAAACAAAUCCAGAUCGAAGGACUGGUGGUGAUGAAGAUCAUCAAGCAUUACCAGGAGGAAGGUCAGGGCAGUGAGGUGGUGCAGGGGGUGCUGCUGGGGCUGGUGGUGGAGGACAGGCUGGAGAUCACAAACUGCUUCCCUUUCCCUCAACACACAGAGGACGAUGCUGACUUUGAUGAAGCAUUCAGUGACCACAGGAAGUCAGUGAAAAUAAAACUUCAGUAUCAGAUGGAGAUGAUGAGAAGUUUGCGCCAUGUAAACAUUGAUCAUCUCCAUGUGGGUUGGUACCAGUCAACUUUCAACGGUUCUUUUGUCAGCCGGGCCCUUCUGGACUCUCAGUUCAGCUACCAGCACGCCAUCGAAGAGUCAGUUGUGCUUAUAUAUGAUCCCAUCAAGACAGCCCAGGGUUCUUUGUGUUUGAAAGCCUACAGGUUGACCCCAAAACUCAUGGAGAUCUGUAAAGAGAAGGACUUCUCAGCAGAUGGGCUGAAGAAGGCUAGCGUGGGUUAUGAAAACAUGUUCGAGGAGGUGCCCAUUGUCAUUAAGAACUCUCAUCUCAUCAGCGUUCUGCUGUGGGAGCUGGAGGACAAAUCCACUGCUGCAGACAAACACGAGCUCUUGAACCUUUCCAGCAGUACUCAUCUGGAGAAGAGCCUGCAGAUGCUGAUGGACCGCAUGGACGACAUGAGUCAAGACAUUGUCAAGUACAACAACUAUUGCCGCAGUCUCAGCAAGCAACAGCAACAGAAACAUCAGUACAUUCAGAGACGGCAACAGGAGAAUGCACAGAGACAGAGUCGAGGAGAGCCUCUGCUUCCUGAGGAAGACCUGAGCAAGAUGUUCAAGCCUCCUCAGCCACCUCCGCGAAUGGACACCCUGCUCAUUUGUAGUCGAUCUCAGGCCUAAAACUAUCCCAGUUUAAUAAGAGCCAGCUGUAACAUUCAACAUCAAGAUCAGAAGAGAUGCAGACAAAAUGGCAUGAAGUAAGAGUAUUUGUUUCCAUGUAUUUCUCUUUGUAGUGCUGUGGAGUAAUAGCUUGAUCUGGGGCUGAAUUAAAUGCUUGUAUGUGCCGUGGAGGGGAGCACCUCAUCUCUCGCCAUUUCUUAAGGUCUUUUAAACUCCAGACACCACGGUGGCAUGAGCAGCAGCGCUGCCAAGCGGAAAGACAAUCACCUAAGAGCUCGACGGCCAGCCUUCAGUACAUAAUGGAGUACAUUAACUGAGCCACUUCAGCAGAUAGCCCACCCUGCCUCUGUUUCUCUCGCUAUCUCUGUAUUCUGUACCUUCUUCAUCUCUCUCGAGAUUUCUUUCUUUCUCACUGUCAUGCCAUAAACUACAGUGUUUUUGCCUUGAAUUCUAUAUUUCUAAUUUUUUCCCCCCAUCUACUCUUUAGGUCAAAUCAACACAUACUGCCAAACCAUCAAGGAGUUCACAUCUCAAAACCUGGGCAAGCUUUUCAUGGCUGAAGCUCUUCAAGGAACAAGCAGUUAGACUUGUGCCCACCUACAUUGUCCUAUAAUUGGUCAAGAGUCAUCGAUUCCAUUUUUAUGACUUUUUCUGUGGCUCAUUUUAAAAUAGUGUUCCAUUGGUUUUAGAUUUUUGUUUUAACAUUACUAGACCAAAACAUAAGUUUAUAGGUAUUUCAAUUCCCAUCAGACAGGUCAUUUUAUUUAGGCAUGUACAGUAUAAAUGCAUAUUAUGUGUAUCAGCACGGACCAAACAGUUAUUUUUGAGAGGAACCCAAUAUAUCUGUCUACAAUGUGUGAAAAGGGAUGUUGGAAAUUUGAUUACAAAUUGGAUUGUGUUCACUUUGUCCACAUUUGAAAUGCUCAUUUAAAGGGAUAGUUCACCCAAAAAUGAAAAUUUGAUGUUUAUCUGCUUACCCCCAGGGUAUCCAAUAUGUAGGUGACUUUGUUUCUUCAGUAGAACACAGACGAAGAUUUUUAACUCAAACCGUUGCAGUCUGUCAGUCAUAUAAUUGCAGUAAAUGGGACCCACGGCAUGUUGUGAACGCGCUCAAGACAGUUGGACACCACAUUGCGGUGGAUCAGAGGUAAAAAAUGAUAUAAAUACUUUUCAGUUUCUUGCACAGACUGAUCAUUUCGUGUCUUAAGAUCGCAAUGUGUCACAAGCCGCAGGGUUUAAUCUGGUUUUGUCUGUGCAUGUUUUAUUUUUACUCUCAAAGCCGUGGGUCCCAUUGACUGCCAUUAUAUGACUGACAGACUGCAACGGUU